ACGCUCUUUUUAAUCUAACUACUGGCCCAGAGUAUCAGUAAACUGCAGACUGGAGCUGAAGACAAAAACCCUGCUCAACAAAAAUCAUGAACUUGUCGCUGUUUCCCUUGUUCCUUCAACUGCUGGUGUUUGUGGAUGUGUGUCUGUCACAAACUGCUCCACUAGGAUGUGAGCAGCCCCCAGGUGUGGACAAUGCAGAGAUCAUGGGAAGUCUAAAGGCAAGUUAUGCACAUGGAGAGGUGGUCAAAUACAUCUGCCCUGAAUACUACUUGCUGGAAGGUCAGAAUUUCAAAAAAUGCGAAAACAGUAUAUGGACCGGAAAAGUUGGAUGUUUGACACCUUGUACUGUGAACAGAGGAGCCAUGAACAACCACAACAUCAGAUUCAAAUACAGAAGAGACGAUAAGCUGUAUUCUACUCACAACGAUUUUAUCGAGUUUGUCUGUUCCAAAGGACGUCCUAGUGGUAACACUGGAAUGCGUGUGCAGUGCAAUAAUGGUGUGAUUAUUCUACCAACUUGCCAAUAGAGGCAUAAAAUAUUGUUCUAUUAAAAUCAUAGCUCAUAUUAAACAAAUAUAAAAACAGUUAAUUCAGCUACCUACAUAAGUAAAUCCACACGAAUCAAAGUCUAUACAAGAAUAUAAAUAUAAAACAAUCAUCCUAAAUGGGGAAAAAAAUCUACAGCUUAAGAUGACAUACAAGUGGAAUAUGGUCCGACUGCAGUUGGUGUUUGUAAUGUGUAUGGCUUUAAAACCAUCAUAUAAUUUUCUUAAGGCUCUCAAUGCUUUAAAUUUUACUUUUAUUAUGAAUGUUUCCUGUACUGAAUAUGGUUUAUAGAAUAGAAUAGUCUUUAUUGUCAUUGUAACACGGGGUAUAAUGAAACUGAUUAUUAAAGGAAAGUUAAUUUGA